AUGUCGCAAGUUGAAGAUAAUUUGGAACAAGGUCAAAUUUCCAGUGAGAUAGAAGCAAACAGAACAAAUUCUGAACAAGCUACCGAACAAGCCAUUGAACAAGCCACCGAACAAGCCACUGAACAAGCCACUGGACAAGGCAUCCCACAACACCUUCGGAAACUUCGUGGAGGUGAUGAUUCUUGUGUGCGGAUUCUGUGUGGUGCUUGUUGCUGUUGUGUACUUAUAGCAGUAGUCAUUAUUUUAAUAUUAUAUUUUACUGGAAAACUUAUUGCUAAAGGCGCCCGAAAAUUAUAG